AAUCGUGUGACGCGUCAUGUCGUAACGUUCACGACAAAGGGGAUAGAGAACCAUGGUCGUGGUUCGCGUCAUUAAAUCAAAUAAUUAACCGUACAACACGAUGGUACAGCAGGCUGCCUGCUGCGGCGUACGAUCGAUAUAGCGCAUCAACAAGUCUGAGCCGGCAUACUGUCUGUUUCGCGUCAUACGUAUUUCGGCGUGUAGGUACCGUAAUCGUCCCGUCGUAUUCCGUUGGAAACUUGAAAGUUUGUCGUUAAAUUCGAAAUUAUCGCGAGUGGCGAAUACAACCGCGGUAUUCUGAGUUCGGUGUUAUCGUCGCUGCUCCGUUCGCAGAUGGUAUAAGCUUUGUUCAAACCGCGCUCGGUCCAUCGUUACCUACCUAAUCGUUCGUCGUUAACGAAUCUACCAAACGACCGACACUUCUAUCAGGUAUUGCGUUUGGCUGAUGAGCGAGCCCGUAGAAUACAGUUGUUGAUGUAUGGCGAGUAAAUUGUAAUUCUCUACAUUGGUACCUAUAUCUCCGCCAAAUUAUAAGAUGUGGGGUGAGAACGAUAGACUUAGAAUCAUGGUUUUCAGACCAACUUGGACAGAAUUCCAAGAUUUCAGUAGCUAUAUUGAGAUGAUGGAGAAAAAAGGUGCUCACAGGGCUGGAUUGGCGAAAGUUAUCCCACCACCUGAAUGGAUAGCAAGAAGAAAGCGUUAUGAUGAAGAUGAUGUUAUGACCUUGGAAAUUCCAGCUCCAAUCAGUCAAGUUGCACAAGGUAAUCGAGGACUUUUUCAACUACACAUGGUAGAAAAGAAACCUAUGACAGUAUCCGAUUAUAAAAUAAUAGCAGAAUCUGAUAAAUUUAAGACACCUGACUACUUUGAUUAUGACGAUCUUGAAAGAAAAUUUUGGAAAAACAUUAUGUACAAACCCCCAUUGUAUGGUGCAGAUGUAUCUGGCUCUAUUACGGAUAAAGAUGUUGCUGUUUGGAAUAUUAACAAAUUGGGCACGAUAUUAGAUUAUGUAAAUGAAGAUUAUGGUAUUAGAAUUGAAGGUGUCAAUACAGCAUACUUAUAUUUCGGUAUGUGGAAGUCCUUGUUUGCUUGGCACACGGAAGACAUGGACUUGUAUAGUAUUAACUAUAUACAUGAAGGAUGUCCAAAAACAUGGUAUUCAAUACCUCCAGAAUAUGGCCGCAACUUUGAAAGAUUGGCUAAUCGCUUUUUUUCCACUGAAGCUUCAAACUGCCCUGCUUUUCUCAGACAUAAAACGACUAUUAUAUCUCCUAAUAUUUUGAAACAAAAUGAUAUACCAUAUAAUAAAAUUACACAGGAGAAAGGGGAAUUCAUGAUAACAUUCCCCUUUGGAUAUCAUUCGGGAUUCAACCAUGGAUUUAACAUGGCUGAGUCAGUCAAUUUUGCGUCUCCACGUUGGGUGGAUUAUGGCAAAAAAGCUUUACUGUGUCAUUGUCGUAAAAAUUCAGUGAAGAUUAGUAUGGAUACAUUUGUUAAACGUAUACAACCCAAUAUGUAUGAAUCAUGGCUUAAAAAUAAUAAUAUUAGUGCUCAUCCAAAAGAUACUUCUGGUACUUUAGAAACUCCUUUGACUAGUAAAUCUAACAUAUUGUGUAACAAGAACAAUAUAGGUAUUUCAAAACACGAUAUUAAAGCUGGUAGAAAACGUCGUCAUGUAACACUUUUAUCAGAUUCUGAAUUGCCUAAUGAUACAUCAUAUGGAAAUAAAGCUGUAGAUGUGAAAAAAUGUCUCAAUAACAGUAUUGAAAAUUCAACAGUAAAAUGUGACAGUGUUAAUGAUAACGCACAUUUAAAUGUAGUUGUAACUAAACCAUUACCACUAUUUCAUUUGGAAAAGCCAUGUAAUACAUCUCUCACCAGUUCAAAACCCCGCAUGAAUUCAAAAAAUCAACCAUCUAAUAUGACAUCAAUAUUUAAGACUCAAACUAAAAAAAAAAUAGAUUUAGAAUCCACACAGAGUUUUAUUCAACCAACUCAGAUUGAAGAUGAAUAUCAUGAAAUUGAUGGUAUACAAAAUAAUAUAAGUGAUAUGGUUAACAAUUGUUGCUCAUUUGAGAUUGAGCAACUGUAUAAUAUUUAUAGAAGCAUGAAUUAUCCACAUUGUUCAAUAUGUAUGAUGUUGAAUUGUAAAAAGUUAACUUUCAACUUGGAUUGGCAAAUCAUAGCAAAAUCGUCCACGUUACCCACCUUGAAGAAACCCACCUCAGCAUUAUUUAAAUAUGCUCUUUCUACCAGUAACAAGGUUUUUAUGGAAAAUCUCAUAAGAUGUGAAAAAUGUUAUUUGACUGUUCAUAAAUUGUGUUAUGGCACAACCGUAGACACAAGACGUAUUCAUUGGUUAUGUGAUCGAUGCAUGACAAAUCCUAGGCUUGCUGCUUGUGUAUACUGUCCAUUGAAAGGUGGUGCUCUAAAAGAAUUUAAAAUCCAUGGAUGGUCACAUGUUGAAUGUCAUCUUUUUGUGCACGGCAGUAUUCCGUUAUUUACUAUCAAUACUUUUAAAACAGGCUUUAUAACUAACCAAAAGUGUGUAAUAUGCAAUGUAACAUCUGGGAAUUGUUUUUGUUGCUCUUCAAGCGAUUGCUAUACAUGGUUUCAUAUUUCUUGUGGAAUAUUUGCUGGAUAUGAUUUUCAAAUUAACCAUACGAGCAAGCAUAUUACUUCAAUCCAUUGCAAUAAACAUUCAUAUGUUCCAGAUAAAAAACGGUAUGUUCACAUAAAUCAAAAAGGAUGGGCAAGGCACUUGCAACGUAAAAGGAUCUCUGAAUGUCGAAUUGUAAAAAUUGAUAAAACUCCUUUAGCUAUUGUGAAAUUCAGUGAUGGUACAAUAUCAGAAAGCAUUAAACUAAAAGAAAUUAAGAACUAUGCAAAUAAUUUUCCACCCAAUAAACAAGAAAUACAUUUAAAAUCUGGUGACACAGUUUUAUUUAUGGGCUUAAAUUACAAGCAUAUAUAUUCAGUUGAAUAUAACGAUGGUACAUCUGAUUGUCUGCUCUCUAAUGAUCUACGCAGUUUUCGAUAAACAACUUAAUAGCAGUCUACAAUGGCAAGCUAAAUGAUCAUCUGGGUUAACUAAAUAUCAAAAAUAAAAUAAAAUAAUUGAUGUUUUAUAAGUAUGUUUACUUACUUAAUUAACUAUUUCACUUUUAAAACUUUUAAUCCAUAAUUUUAUUUAUUGUACGCAUAAUGAUACUUAACCAUGUAUUAUACAUUAUAAUAUGAUGAUUAGGGCUCGGUUGUUAUAGGAGUUUCAUAUUAUUCUAUAUGCUCCUCGUUUAUAGAAGACGUAGCUAAAAAUCUUAGCUAUACUAUUGCGAGUGUAAAAAUCUAUAUUUUGCAUAUUAUUGUGCAUAAAUGCAUGCAUAUUUGUAUAUUUUUUUCAUUUUUAGAUCCUAUUACUUCCGAACCCUAAUGAUUAUACUUUUAUUUUUACAACUUUUUUAUAAUUGUAUUAUUUGUGAAUAUAAAUCUUACCACAUUGUCAUAUGCUA